ACAAAUCAAUACAAGUUUUACUGCUGUCCCCGGGAAUAAUUCAAUUAAGUGCUUCACCUAACCGUCCGGUCCAUCAGCACCUGUCAGAAAAUCAAAUUAAACAAAAAAAAAAAAACAAAAAAAAGAUUGUUAACUAUACUUGUUUCGUGUGGGUCGUCGUAUCUUUCACGCAAAAAUAUGAAACCGAAAGUGAAUAUUUGACUUCGGACGCAUAACACUCCAAUGGUUCAUUUCAGUGUCAUGGAGUGUUGUAGUAGUCAACAUGACCCAGACACUAAAUUUUAAAGUGCGAGUAUCUUAAAAGUCACAGCUCACAGUGUUAGAUACGCUUGGUGAAUUUUUUUUCUGUCGGAAUACCUACCAAAAAGCAACGUAAUUUUAUGCGAAAAACCCCACAGGGAGAAGUGUGAAAAAUGUCUAUGAGAAUGAAUGAAACGGAUACAGUGGUGGACCGUAUGGUGAACUUUUUUGUGGAACAUGAAGAUCUUCGCACCAAAAGCUGGUUCUUAUCGAACUCUCCAGGACCGCUUUUUACAAUUUUGGGUGUCUAUUUGUACUUCUGCCUUUAUGCUGGACCUCGUUAUAUGCGUGAUCGGAAACCCUUUGAGUUGAAAACUACUCUCCUCGUCUAUAAUGCUUUCCAAGUUUUACUUAGUUAUGUUCUCUUUUAUGAAGGCUUUAAAGGUGGUUGGGGUGGUCAUUACAGUUUUAGAUGUCAAGAAGUUAUCUAUGAAACCGAUCCAAUUUCAAUGAGGAUGGCCGGUGCUGUAUGGUUGUAUUAUAUUGCAAAACUCACAGAACUCUUGGACACAGUGUUCUUCGUCCUUAGAAAACGUCAACGUCAAGUUUCAUUCCUGCAUUUGUAUCAUCAUACUUUGAUGCCAGUUUGUGCCUUCGUUGGAGUCAAAUAUUUCGCCGGUGGACAUGGAACCCUUCUAGGAUUUAUUAACUCCUUCAUCCACAUCGUUAUGUACGCAUACUACCUGCUGUCAGCUUUAGGACCAAAAGUACAGAAGUAUCUUUGGUGGAAGAAGUACCUCACCAUCAUGCAAAUUAUCCAAUUUUUGAUCAUUUUCGUGCACACCCUACAAAUUCAGUUCCAACCCAGCUGCAAAUUCCCCAAAUCAAUUGCCGCCUUGCUGACAUUCAAUGCUGGUCUAUUCACCUACAUGUUCAGUGCAUUCUAUGUUAAAAGUUACAAAAAGGAAGCAGCUCAAGCGGCGCGAGAAGCUCUCGCAAAAGAUGAAAAGAAGGAAUAAGUUAAUCAUACAAAUAGGGCUAAGGCUUUUUGGGUUAGAUUUCCUUUUGUUUUAUAAAUUUUUUUUUUUAACUCUUUCUAAUUUGAGCUUUUUAGCUCAGAAUAUGUACAUUAAGUGUGUACAUUAAUGUGUAAAUAGGACCAAAUAUUAAGUUAGGUAGUUGGACAUUUUGAAUUUGUUAAUUUAUAAAUGCAAAAUAAUAUGAUACAAAAAUAUAAGAAUUAUAGUACACAUAAAAAAAUAAUUGGUAGGAACAAAACUUCGAAAAAAACCUUCUUUAAAAUUCUUUAAGACUUAACUAAGGAAUAGUUUAAAGAUAAAAUAAUACCUAUAUAUUAUAUUUUCCUUUUCCUCUAUCUAGCUUUUACCAUUGCCAAGGUUUUAUUAUUUAAAAACUAAUUAUAGAUAUUAUUUAAAUGCAUCCGUUGAAAACUAUACAACUUUUAUAACAAAAUUUACACUCACUCCUGUUAGCAAUCUAUUGUGAAUAGAUCAUUUCUGAACAGAUAUAAGCUAAUGUUGGCAUCUGAUCAAACAAGAUCAAAAUACACAAGUUCAAUAAUCA